UUUAACACUACGUAUUGGAUAGAUUGAUAGCCUAAAUGCCAUAAAGAUUAACAAAACACUAAAGACACAGUAGUAGAAAUCGCAUGUUUGAUAAUUUGAGUGGAUGAAUGGCGCCACCUGUCGGAUAGAUCCAUUUUGCAGCUUUCACAGGGGUGAACCAGGAAGGAUAGCAGGUGUCGAGGGGUGUUGUUUGGGUUAUUCCGUAACCUUUUCUUCUCCUUUUUGUAUUUCAUCUUAUGAUAUUUUCUUGGUGCGAUUAUUGUUUGUUUCUUUUAUUUUCACAUUUUACAUGAAGAUGUACACAGCUAUGAAACCAUUGCGUAUGAUGUAAAUGGCUGCAAUCUAUAACCAAAUCAUAGUUUGAAGAUUUCUGAUGAAAAGAAAAAAAACAUAGUUGAACAACUUUUCCACGGCGCCGUCCUGGGGUGACAACGUUUUGAUACAUGUUGUUUUAAGUUUCGGGUCAUUUAGCUCCUGCGCACUUGUUGGUUUCUGUCACAUGACCCUGCCACGCCUUAAGUUUGCGGAAGUUAGCCAGACGGGAGCAGUUCCUAGUAACUUCUGACGCUGUGCAAACUUGCUAAACGGCCGCCACAGUGAACAGAAAGUCCCUGGCCUGGAAACUUAGACCAAGCGCCGUAACAAAGAUACACGAUGGAAUCCCAGGAAAGCCAAGUGGAUGAAUUGAAGGAGAGGCUUGCAAGUUUCACCACCCUUUUCCAACUAGACAUUCCCCGGGUGUCUCGCAGACACCAUGAGAUGAAUGUUAGCAAGCUUGAGAGGGAGCAAAGAGACGAUCCAGGGGAGUUCUAUCAAAAUGCAAAUGCUGAGAAUUUGUUGGCCUUUCUACUGUUGAGAUACUUCAAUGAUCUUGAGCGUGCUAAACGCCACAUUGACUCAGUUCUUGAGAAACAGGAUGACAAUGUUGUUGCAUUGGGUAACCUCUGUGGCUAUUAGUUGCACAUUGAAGACUUUUCUGAAGCUGAAAAAACAUUAGAUUCGAUUGAAGAGCUCCUAAACACACCAGGAGAUGGUAAAGGCGCCAAGAGAAAAGCACUUGCUUUAGCAGAGCAAGCCUACUCACUGUCAAGAUUAGGACCAAAGUGCCACUUACUAGGGAUAGAAAAGUCUCGAGAAGCCCUGUGUCUUAAAGAUGAUUGUCUUGAAAAGGUCCAUGUUGAAGUGAACUAUGUUCUAGCUCUUAUUCUUAAUCGGUGUUUGGAUACACAUUAUAUAUUGAAGACAAGUCUUUCGAUCCUAUCGCCUACUACACCGAAGCCAGACAAUGCCUUGACGUUGUGACCGAUAGCAGACAGCCUGAGUUUUGUGGGAAAGGCUUUGCAUUACUUGGCGAUAUCUACAAAAAGAUGAACAGGAUUCCAGAGAAGUACUUUGUGACAGGAGAAAAACUGAGUUUUUCUUAUAAGAAGAUUGAUGGAUGCUUUGAACAGGCAAAGAGGGAAGCACCAGGUGAUCAUUUUGUUCUGGAGAGGGUAGGACGGCACUAUAGGCUUUGCAGGAGUUUUGAGAAGGCCAUUGCCUGCCUGCAAAAGGCUAAUAAGCUCUGCCCUAUGCCAUUUCCAUGUCAUCACCUGGGCUUGGUCUAUAUGGCUAUGGCAGAAAACAACAUAAAAGAAGGAGGUGAAGAUACAAAGACCAAGGAGUUACUAACUGAAGCUGGGAAGUGGCUCGAAGAAGCAGAUAGACUUGGUAAAAAGGCUGCUUACAGAAUCACAGCUGACUUAGCCAGAGUGUAUGUCAAGCUCAAUGAGUAUCAGAAAGCACUAUGCUGCUUCAAGAGAGCUGCAGAAGAGAACACAGCUACAGAUGAUGGCAUUUCCCUGGUCGCUGCUGGCAAUUAUGAAAACUGGGGAAAGUGCUUCCUUCUCCUCGGGAAGACAGAAGAAGGGAAGACCAAGUUACUGAAAGCAGUUGAAUGUGCUGCUCGAGUGAAAUGCCACAGAAGGACUGCAUUCUCCGAGUUGGUGAAUUUGAUGCAGAUGGAAGAACAUGACAGAUGUGAGGUGAAGAUUGACAAGUUGAAUGAGUUGGCAAAAGUUCAUGAGUUGGUGUCACGCCACCGAGAGGCGUUAAAUCUCCGUAAGACAGCCUGUGAACUGGACCCAUCGAACCCUAACACACUACUGGGGCUGAUUGAACAUUGCUGCAAACGUAAAAAGUUUGCCCUGGCACAGAUGUAUCUGUCGUUUCUCCAAAACCUGACAGACAUCACACCACCAAAAGAGCGGUUCCUUCAGGUGAAAUUGAAUGCCGUAGCUGCCACAGAGCCCAGCCUUGCUUACAAGAUCUUCCAAGAAAUCUUUAAGUUCAUAUUUCCCCAAGACUGCCUUAGUGACAUCUUCAUUUUCAGUGCUGAUGAAGACAAAGAGAUUGCUUGCAGCAUAACAUGCCAAUUUGAGAAAUACUUUGGCCUGACUUGCCUGUGUCUUCAUCGGGAUCUGCACUCAAUGAUGAAGAUAUCUGAGACUGUUGAAGCCCUGAAUGACAGUGUCCUGAUCCUGUUCGUGGUCUCCGAAUGCCUGACAAAGACGAAGAGGGGAACAUACUUCAUUGAGAGAGCAAUCGAAUGUGUUAAUAGUCGCGGAUGUGGCAACAUCAUAAGCCUGACAACAGCUGCCAAUGGCAUCACCAUACCAAAGCUCUUGCAGGACUUUCCAACAUUCAACUAUGAAGAUGUCAGCCCUACUACAGAGAACAUGGGUCUGCCACUGUUCAAUGUACUUAUUGAGAAUGCAGGCCAUGGCACAAACUGACCGCCUCAUAGACAUUAGCUUAUAAUGAUAAUUAUACAUGUAUGCCACUUGAAUAGAACCGAGGUUUAUAAUACAUGUUGACAAGUUACGCUACAAUAGCAUUCUUCCAUAGCUCACAAUAUUGGCUGUUUUGUCUAUAUACCUUGUUGUUUUUGUAUAUGAUCGGAACAUUAUGACAUGUAAGUUGUUUUGUAACAUAAUUCAGGGUGGCAUUGUUCUUGCCUCCAGCAAUGUGUAACAUUAUGUUGAAUUAUAAAUAUUUUGCACACUCCUAGUCCUUGGUUUUUACUUUGGCAUAUUGUUUCAUACUAUAGAUGAUUAUACUUUUGAGUGGUCCAGACAAUACUACAUGGACCUGAGUUUUUUUUUUCUUAUUAGUAAACUUG